AUGGCGUACGAGAUCGGAUUGAGCACCCCGGAGGUGCCCAAUCGCGGCUUUCCCCUCUGGGUCUGUAGCGUGGUGUUCGUUAUAAUCGCGGGAAUGUUUGUGAUGACGCGACUAGCGGUCCGAUUUCACUAUCGGGGGUUAGGAACAGACGAUUGGAUGAUCCUGGCAUCUCUAAUCGGUUCGAUCCUCCUAUCGGUGACCCAGUGUAUGGCGGUACAUCAUGGAUAUGGCAAACAUUCAAGGGAUCUCUCCGAACAUAACCGGGAGGUAGCCCUCAAGUGGAUAUUUGUCGCGCAAGUUAUGUAUAAGGUCGUCAUCACCAUCAACAAGACCUCCUUCCUCUGCCUGUAUCUGCGCAUCUUCAUCCAGCCCGUCUUCCGUUGGCUCUGCUUUGCCGGCAUCGCCUUUUUAAACUCCUGGGGUCUCGGCUAUAUUCUGGUCACCAUCUUCCAAUGCCGGCCCGUCGCCUAUUUCUGGGACAAGUCGAUCACGAAUCCGAACUGUGUCGACACCAAAGCGCAGUGGCUUUCGUACGCAAUAAUCAACAUCGUUUGCGACGCGCUCAUCCUCAUCAUGCCUUUGUACCCAAUCUCCCAGCUACGGCUUCCGCGCGCAAAGAGGUUCGGACUUGUUGGCAUAAUUGCCCUAGGCGCAUUUGUCUGCGUUAUUAGCAUCAUCCGCACCACCACACUCGCCGAGUCAGCCGAUAACGAGGUCAAGGACGCGACUAGCGGACCCAUCCCGGCUGUAACCUGGAGUGUGAUCGAAGCCAACACGGGCAUCAUCUGCGCGUGCCUCCCAGCCUUCAAGCAACCCCUGCAAUACGUUUUCCCCAACUUCUUUAGCUCCCAGGAGUCGCCCGACCCGACAGACAAGGUUCGCGCCCGGCCCGCGCGCUCGGCUGUCGCCACAGAUCCCUUCAGGCGUGGAGUGUACUCAGCCAGUGGCUGGUGGCACCAUGUGUCGUCGCAUGGCUUGGACGUGUUCCAGGUCAGGGGGAGAGAAAACCCACCGCUGGGUAUCACGCAGAUUACGGACGUGCAUGUCACCUACCAGGAUGAUACGCGGUCUGAUGCGUCGUGGCGGCCCAUGCGCGGGUAUUCCAGGAUGGAGAAAUAG